AUGGAGAAAAUCGAGAAAAAUGUAGACAAAAAUUCAAAUAAUAUUACUCCUCCAUCGGUACCCGUGCAAAAUGAAGAUGAUGGCGAAGAAGAACGUUUCAUCUCUUAUAACUCUCAUUAUCCGGAUCUGCGUCAAGCAGCUCUGCCUCCGGUGGAAACGUUCAAUCCACAAAUCCACGUAACGAAAGGGCGCCUCAAACAAAAACAAGGUCAUCGGGGCUACUCGAAGAAGAGACAAAUACUGGUUAAGGAAAAAGACCUCGGCUUCAAACCACUUCGUAAGUCUUAUCUUAAGUGUCUUGAGUCUCCAGACAAACUACAUCUCGACUUUCGCAAAGCUUUCUCCGGAGUUUUAGAAGGGCCUGAACUCCGAAUUGUUCAUCAUUAUGUGCUUUUUGCUCUGACAAACAUGAGCAAACAGGAGAUUGAGAUUGAGUUCGUUAAGUGGAUGCUCACUGGUGCUUUUUUCUUGCAAAAAGAAGAAUUGCUGAAAGAAGAAGAAUUGCUGAAAGAACUAAAGAGGAAGAAAAAAAUCGUGGAUCCUCAAGAGAAAAAAGGCUGGUCUACUACGAUCCGCGCUGGAAAAACAACACAUUUCUACAUUGACAUUGGAAGCGAUGAAGCUCAAAGAGUUCUUCAUGAAUAUACAAAGAAGCCAGAAAUGAAUUGGUUUCCGUGGUUCGAGAUUAGAGCAACCUGGAAACAAAGCCGCGAUUUCAUAAAACUUUUCUGGCUUCGUAUGGACUUAGCCAAGGAAACCAAGGAAACCAAGGAAAACAUCACCUGGAAUCCGUGGUUCACCAGUGAGCGUCCCUGUCACGGUUCUCGGGAACUCAAAGAGAAUGCCGAUCGAUACCCGGAUGAGACGGUUGGACUGCUCAAAUUUGCCGGAAUAGCUUUUGAUCAAAAUCUGAUCGACGGCGACCUGCAAGUUCCGGGGAGGGACGACGUUUUGGUGAAACUGGAAAUCAUUGAACCCACAAAGAAGGGCAUUCGCGCCUGGUUGAGCGAUUUUAAUAAAAAUCCAAUCAAAAACUGGUGUCGCAUCAACUCGGUUUCCGGGCGAAAGCUUCAGAUCUCAUUCUACAACUAUAACGCUAAAAAGAGUCUUCUGGAAGAGUUAGCUGAUCCAACACAGCCAAAUCCUUUGAUCGCGAUCAAGUACAGGAGACAAAGUGAAAAUGAAGACCAAGCCAUGAAGUGUUUCCUCACCCUUGUACCCGAAGAAGAGAAGUUCACUCUUCGCAUCACUCCUAUCGAGCCCAUCCAGGAAACAGAGAUUCAACAA